AUGCUUUUCAAACAAUGGAAUGAAUUUAUAGAACCUAGACAUCAAUUAGAUUUCCCUAUUUUGAGUAAGAAUGACGAAUCUUUACAAGCUUCACCAAUUCCAAAAGUUUUGUUCCCUAGUAUAGCUUUUCAAAAUUACGAAAAGAUUAUCAUAACUACCCAAUUAAUGAAUCCUUUAUUCCCUGAAAAAUUAAUAGAAUCCAAAAAUUUAGGUAAAAUUGAGACACAAUUAACGCUUACUGAGGAUCAAAACGCAGUAAAUGAGGAUGGACAUUCUUGGAACUUCAACGAGAACUUCCCCAAUGAAUUUGAUCCAGAUAAUGAGGAUAGAGAAAAUCAACAGCAAGCAUUCAAUUUUGAGUUUCCAGUUUUUGCAGUUGGAAAGGUAGUAAUUAUCUCCAUCCAGGAUAAUUUCUUGAAGAUAUCACCUAUAUUUUCCAAUAUAAUCAGCAAGAAGCUGAUUGAACAACUCCCUAGGACGAUAAAACCUUUAAUACUUGGUUCUUCGGACAGGAUCGCAUCAGUUAAGGAAAUAAAUGAUCACACUUGCACGUUGGUCCCUCCAGAAUUUAUUACUGGGUUUAUUGCUUCUUUAUUAACGGAGCUGACCAUUCAUAACGAAACUCUUCAGAAUGGUGAAAAUAAAUUUCAAUUCGAUGCGAUAUUGGUACCUAGUGAAGGACCAUUAGGUUUCGAAAAAUUAAACUUGACUGUAAUACAAGAUUUAAUUGAUCUUUUCAAGGAAGAAUGGCCCAAUUUGGACCCCAAAGUCUAUGCUGAAGAAUCCUACCGUAAUUGGAAAUUAGCAGGCUCUGUUCUAGGUGCACAGUCAGGCCUCUAUAUAUAA